AUGGCAGACCUCAAGUCAACCACCGAUGCAGGGCAUGUUGAACAGCCCAGCGAACAACUUGCCCGCCUCGGCAACCAAGACGAUCAUGAUCUCGGCAAGAUAGCCUCGCUGCGGCGGUACCCCUGGGCCUGCUUCUGGUGUGUCUACGCUGUGUGGUGCGUGCUGCUUGUCAGUUUCGAAAACCAGGCUUCGGGAAACAUCUUGGGUAUCCCCAGGUUCCGCGAGGACUUUGGCUCCUACUAUGAGGGCGGCUACGUUCUUGCCUCGAAAUGGCAGUCUGCUUUCCAAGGUGCACCCAUUGCAUCAUCGAUCGUCGGUUCUCUUGGAUCUGCGGCCCUCGCCGACUGGCUUGGUCGCCGAGCCGUCAUCAUGAUGGCCCUUGUCAUCAGCUACGCCGCUAUCACCAUGGAAUUUGUCGCAACGACUCCUGAACUCUUCUUCGGUGGAAAGUUCCUGAAUGGCUUCGCAACUGGAGCCUUGGCAUCGGUUACUGUCACAUACAUCGGAGAGGUCACGCCUCUUGCCCUCCGAGGACUUUUCACCUGCUUCUCCGCCUUGUCAUAUACCCUGGGACCGCUCGUAUGUGCCCUCAUUGUCAACGAUACCGGCGAUUUGCCCAACCGGUGGGCUUAUCGAGCUGUCUUCUGCGCUCAAUAUGGCUUUGCUGCCGUGGCUACAGCCGGAGUAUUCUUCAUGCCGGAGUCGCCUUGGUGGCUCGCCUCUCGCAACGAAAAGAGCAAGGCUUUGAACAACCUUGCGAAAUUGGGCUACUCCGAGGGAGAGACUGUCAAGCGUUUUGCCAUCAUCGAGCUUACCCUCAACGAGAUCAGCCAGGAGACCGCCGGCGUGACCUACUUGGAGUGCUUUCGCAAGUCCAACCUCCGCCGCACCCUGGUCAGCAUCGCACCCCUGUGCAUCCAGUCCCUCUCGGGUAUCGCAUUCAUCGCCUCCUACGCGACGUACUACAUCCAGCUCGCCGGCUACAGCACCUCCGAGAGCUUCAAGCUCCAAAUCGUGCAGCAGGUGCUCUCGCUGGUCGGCAACGUCAUGUCGUGGUGGCUGGUGGACCACGUCGGCCGGCGGAGCCUGACCAUCUACGGCCUGGUCUUCCUCACCGCCGUGCUGUUCCUGACCGGCGGGCUCGCCGUCGCGGGCACCCCCGGCGCCAUCAAGGGCACGGUCGCCAUGAUCAUGAUCUACUGCUGGUCGUACAACGUCACCAUCGGCGCCACGGCCUUCACCGUCCUCUGCGAGGUCUCGACCUCGCGCCUGCGCGUCAAGACCAUCGCCAUCGGCCUGGCGGCGCAGAGCGCCCUCAACGUCAUGUGGAGCUUCGUGCUGCCCUACCUCUUCAACCCAGACCGGGCGAACCUCGGCGCCAAGGUCGCGUUCAUCUUUGGGGGGCUCUCGGUGCCCUCCCUGCUUUACCUGUGGUUCUGCCUGCCCGAGACGGCCGGCCGCAGCUACGAGGAGCUCGACGAGAUGUUCGUCAAGGGCGUUUCCGCUCGCAAGUUCAAGACGUACAAGCCCGAUGCCCAGGUAAUGGGUGAGGUUGUUAAGCUGGCGAUGAAAACUGAGGGGGCGACUGAAAAGCAAGAAGUCUGA